AAUAAGAUACAGCCAAUAAGGACUGAUAAGUUUGAUUGACAUUUUAAGUAAUUACUAUGAUUAGGUGUUAGGACCGCAUGCAAACCAGAGGAAGAGAGCGCUUACUGAGAAAGGACUGUUUAACGAUUGCUAACCUUGGGUAAAUAAGUUUACUAACAUUUAUGUAUUGAAAGACUAGAUAUUGUCACAGAAAUCGAAUUGCUUGUUUGAUUGUUUUCAAAUAUAAUACGAUUACAAUAUUCGGUCUCUGUAUCUAUGGUUUAUCGACAUCGCAAACCAUAAUAUUCGAUUUCUAAUUGUAACCGUGGCUCGUGAGUGUGAUAAACAAUGACCGAAGAGGACACCAGGACCGCAAAGAUUCACAGACGCACGGCGAAAGCGGGACUUACUCGGCAAGGAAAACACCUAGUUUUGAACAAACGACCGACGAAUGAGGUAAGAGAUGCUUUGUUAAAACUCACGACUGCGUUUGAUGGCUUAGUGUUGAAACAUGAGGCAUAUACGAGCCUAAUAACAGAUGACGCUGAAUUUGAAAGGGAAGAGACAUGGCUUGACGAGUGUCAGCAAUAUUAUUUGAAGGUAGACGUAAACGCAAAAACGUAUAUCGAAAGCGUAGAUUCACUAGUAGAAGACUUAAGCAAUCAAAGCGAGGCAAAUGUGUUACAAGCUUCAGGAAUGAUCGGAAUGUCUGGAACACUGAGCGAAGAUGAGUUAGGUAAUACGAGCCAAAAUUUAGCGAGCGUUGACAGUUCUGAAAGUGUGAAUGACGAGAGCGGUAACACUAUUGACAAUACUGAAAACACUGUUCCUAGUCAAGAGAGCGCGCCUGUAGAUAAUCAAGUAAACCCUCCAAGUCAGAACACAACAAAUCACGAUAUAGGAACUGUUUACAACAAGAAUACUUGUGGGUUUCAAAUGGAAAAACCAAAAUUGCCUAAGUUUGCUGGAGACGUGCGGGAAUACGCGAUUUUUAAAGCGGACUUUAAACACGCGAUUGAGUCUAGAUAUAGCAAACGAGACUCGGUAACUUUACUGCGCACUUGCUUGAAAGAAAAACCCUUAGAGCUCAUUAAAGGGAUUGGAUCCGACUAUGACGCAGCAUGGGAGUACUUAGACUCCAUAUAUGGUGAUCCGCGAUAUGUAUCAGAUACUAUAACUCAGGAUAUUGUACAAUUCAAAGCUCUACAAGAGGGCGAAGACGCGCGUUUUUGUGAUCUGGUGCACCUGGUCAAACGCUGCUAUAACACGUUAAAAGAAGUCGGUAUUCCAAGUGACAUGGAUAAUAGUCUAUUGCUGUCUAUUACAUGCUGUCUAUUAUUGAGAAAAAGAUGUGCGCAGACGACAGAAAGGUGUGGUCCAGGGACCUGGAAAGAGAAGGAAAACCAGCGACGCUUCAUGGUCUAAUGAGUUGGAUGACUCUGGAAAUGAAGUCACGUAUAAGAGCAACAGCCCCAGUGAGAACCGGUGUGACAAGUCGUCGAAGUGUGAACCAUGUAAGUGGUGGUGGUGAUGAUGACAAGAAAGAGUGGCACAAAUGUUGGUUAUGCCGCGAUUCAUCCCACUGGCCAGACCAAUGCCAGAAGCUUGCAGCUCUGAACUGUGAUGAACGAGUGAAAGCAGCCAAAGCUAACCAUCUCUGUUUUAGCUGCUUGAAGAAGGCUGGACGAGAACACAAGUUAGCCAACUGUAAAAGAAGACGUCCAUACACCAAAUCAGAAAACGGAAGUCAAUGUACCUUAUUCCAUCAUCCCCUGCUACACAAAAACAACGGUAUCAACGUCGGUGUUGCAUCAUUGGCAAAUAGUCAAGAAUCGAUGCUUCCAGUUAUUGCGGCAAACAUAUUUGGCCCUAACGGUAUUCAGAAACGGGGUAAUGUGCUUUUUGAUUCAGGAGCACAAAUCAGCUUAAUCCGUCAAGACACCGCAGAAUGCCUAGGGCUCAUUGGAAAGAACAUUUCAGUCACUAUAACGAAAGUCGGUGGAAAAGAGGAACAAAUGAAGACAAAAGCGUACAGAGUCCCAGUCAGCGCAUCAGACAACUCAAGAAAAUAUUCUGUGAAAGCAAUUGGAAUCCCAUGUAUAAGUGAUGAAAUUGCAAGCAUCAAUACAACUAUUAUCACGGAGCAUCUUGGACUUACCAACGAAAAGGUCAGACGCUGAAAAGGACCUUUUGAUCUGUUGAUUGGCAUAGAUCAUGCACACCUGCACACUGGAGAAAUGAAGCAAGGGAACCAAAUCGUUGCCAGAAAGUCACCGUUAGGAUGGGUAUUGUUUGGUUCAACCCCAGGAUGCGGUAGCGCUGAGACAACCAGAGUUCUUCUUGUAAGAUAUGAAACACCAGUCGACUUAGCUGAAUUUUGGACAACUGAGAGCAUGGGCGUUGAAGUGAAACCUUGUAUCUGUGAAGCUGACAAGCUGAGUCAAGUCGAAAGAGAAGAGAAAAUUAUUAUCGAGCAGUCAGCUGAGAAAGUGGGUGAGCAAUGGAUGAUCCAUUAUCCAUGGAAGAAAGAUCCGAAACUACUACCUGAUAAUAGAGACCAAGCGGUAAAACGACUCGAAUCAAGCGAACGUCGCCUCCUAAAAAACCCAUCCCAAGCGUUAGCGUACGACAAACAAAUGGUGGAGAUGGAAGAAAUGGGAUUCGCGCGAAAGCUGUCGAAGGACGAGAUCGGUAGUUAUGAUGGCCCUGUUCAUUAUACAUCCCAUCAUGCUGUGCUGCGGCCGGAGAAAAAGAGCACCCCGGUACGGAUUGUCUUUAAUUCCUCUUCUGUGUUUCAAGGCAGCAGACUAAACGACUACUGGAAAAAGGGCCCUGAUUUACUGAACAGUUUGUUCGGCGUCGUGUUGCGAUUCAGAGAGAAAGAAGUUGCAACAAGUGGUGACAUUUCGAAGAUGUACCACCGUGUGUUGAUCCCGGAGAAAGACCAACAUGUCCAUCGCUUUGUUUGGAGAAAUUUGGAGACGGAAAGAAAGCCAGAUGUAUACGUAAAGACGGUGCUAACGUUCGGUGACAAGCCUGCGCCCGCGAUGGCCCAGAUUGCACUGCAGAAAACGGUGGAAGAAAAGCAAGUUGAUUACCCUCAAACUGCCAAAGUCAUCAAAGAAAAUUCUUAUAUGGACGAUAUCUGCGACUCAGUAGGCACAGUGGAGGAAGCAAGACAACAGACGAACGAUAUUGACACGGUUUUGGCAACUGGUGGUUUCAAAGUCAAAGGAUGGACCUCCAACAAAACGUUGAAUGAAAGAGAAACCGAGGGCGAGACAAAGAUGAAAAUGUUCCAAGGUGAUGUCGAAGAAAAGGUUUUGGAUACGGACACGUUUUCCUUUAAGGUUAAAGCCGACCUCUUACAAGUGACAAAUUCGGAAGACACUUCUCGUGACAACCAACCACGUUUGACAAAGCGUAAAAUCUUGAGUCAAAUUGCCAGAAUAUACGACCCCAUUGGAUUCGCAGCCGCGUUCCUAAUCCAUGCUAAAAUAGGGAUGCAACAGUUAUGGGAGAGCGGGUACGAAUGGGACCAAGCAUUACCGGCUAAGACUUGCCAAAAUUGGAUUGAACUGUUCAAAGAGUUAAAGCAAUUAAACGAAGUGACAUUCCCCCGAUGUUUAACUCCUCAAACCGCACUAGAACAACCAAUGUUAUGUGUCUUCUCAGAUGCUUCAAGAAAAGCUUUCGGUGCUUGUGCUUACGUAAGAUGGUGCGUCGCCAAUGGAAAGUAUGAGGCAAGAUUUGUAGCUGCAAAAUUAAGAGUUGCGCCAUUAAAGGAAUUGACAAUUCCGCGUCUUGAGUUACAAGCUGCUGUUUUGGCAUCACGUCUAAGGAAGAGUAUUGUCGAAGAAUCACGUCUAAAAUUUGAGAAGAUAUUCUACUUCACGGAUAGUAGAAUUGUACUAGCGUGGAUUUGCAGCCAAGCGAGAGGAUACAAGCCUUUUGUAUCUGCCAGAGUUGGAGAAAUCCAAAACAACACCGAUCCUUCGCAAUGGAAACACGUAGCUGGAGAAGAGAACGUGGAAGAUGAUGUUUCACGAGGCAUCAAAGUUUCUGAGCUAAACGGUCGAUUGGAAACAUGGCCCAGAGUUUAUGCAAUUGCCGGAAGAAGAAUGGCCACAGGAAGCUCCGACAUCAGAAAACGAGCUCGCACAGGUGAACGCGGAGCGCCGGAAAGUUGAAAUCGUUUGCAACGUAACGUUGUCGAAAGCCGAGGAAGCAUUCAAUGUCAAGAAGUUUUCAAGUUGGAGAAGGUUGAUAAGAGUUGCAGCCCGAAUAAAACGAUUGGCUCGAAAAGUGAAAGAACGAAGGGGAGAAACAGAUGACACACGAAGACUCGAAUAGUGGACAUGGAAAGCCCGCUAACAGCCAAGGAACUACAUGAAGCCGAGCUAUUUUGGAUCAAAGAAGCACAAGGAAGUUUGAAUGAUCGUUUAAUCAAAGGAGAGUUCAAGUCGCUAAGUCCAUUCCGAGAUGAAAAUGGAAUCAUUCGAGUUGGAGGGCGCAUCUCAGAAGCUGUUGUGUCGUACAACUGUAAGCACCCAGCUUUGCUACCUCAUGAUCACUGGAUCGCGCAGUUGAUCACCCGUCACGCGCACCAGUUUAGACAUAAUGGAGUGGCGACAACGACAGCGAAAACACGACGUAAAUACUGGAUCCUAAGAGCCCAUGAUCUCGCCAAGUCUGUCAAGUACCGUUGCGUAUUCUGCCGAGAGAUGGAGCACAAAGUCGAGUCGUACAUGUACAUGGCGGAUCUUCCACAGCUUCGUCUAGCACCUAAUACGCAGUACAUGGCGGAUCUUCCACAGCUUCGUCUAGCACCUAAUACGCCGCCUUUCCAUCAUACAGCAUGCGACUACUUUGGACCGUUGAUUGUAAAGAUCGGACGCAACAAAACGACAAAACACUAUGGUGUUGUGUUUACUUGCCUAAAUACAAGAGCAGUUCACCUCGAGUUGGCAGUUGAUUGUUCAACAAUGGAGUUCCUGCAAGUUCUUCGUAGGUUCUUUUCGAUCAGAGGACAGCCAGCCGUUAUAAUGAGCGAUAAUGGAACUCAAUUUGUUGGUGCGGAACGCGAACUACGAGAAAUGAUUGCCGGUUGGAGCAAAGAACAACUCCAAGAGUUCUGCGCAGAGAAAGGUAUGGAGUGGAAAUUUAUCACCCCAAACGCGCCCCACCACAACGGUUGCGCAGAAGCCAUGGUGAAGAACUGUAAGAGAGCCCUGAAGAAAGCUAUUGGAGAUCAAACGUUGACGCCGUUUGAGCUGUGCACCUACUUGCUAGAGUCUGCUAACUUAGACCAAAGACCCAUUGGUAGAGCGCCCAAUGACCCUGACGAUGGAUCGUACCUAUGCCCGAACGACAUAUUGCUUGGCCGCGCUACGUCAGUGGUACCUCAAGGUCCGUUUAAGCCGACAAGAAACCCACGUGAUAGAUAUGAAUUCGUGCAGAAGCUGGUCGAUUCGUUCUGGAAGCGCUGGACUCGUGAUGUGUUCCCAUCAUUCAUGGUAAGAAAGAAAUGGCAGAUUGAACGAAGAAACGUACGAGUGAAUGAUAUAACAUACGUCGAGGACAAUGCGAUACGAAGAAAGUGGACGCUGGGUCGGAUUAUUGAAGUACAUCCUGGUCAGGACGGUCGUAUCAGAAAUGUAAAAGUGAAGACAGCGGUUGGAGAAUAUGUUCGACCAGUGACCAAGAUUGCCGUGAUCUAUCCAGAAGAAGGCUACAACGAUGACGAUUAGAAAAUGUAUCCCGUUUUGGGGCGGGGAGGAUGUUUCGUUAUAUACGAUGUUUAUAUGCACGUUUAGUUUAGUUAUUAAUUAAUAAGAUACAGCCAAUAAGGACUGAUAAGUUUGAUUGACAUUUUAAGUAAUUACUAUGAUUAGGUGUUAGGACCGCAUGCAAACCAGAGGAAGAGAGCGCUUACUGAGAAAGGACUGUUUAACGAUUGCUAACCUGGGUAAAUAAGUUUACUAACAUUUAUGUAUUGAAAGACUGGAUAU